UGACUUGUCGGCUUGGCAGUGUUAGUGCUUAUCUAUAGCCUAACUGACCCGCGCGUUAUCAAUUACGACCAAGGUCGGCAAAUAUCUGAAGGUCUAAAUAUGAUUAUAAAUAGCUCGGACAUAUUUUGUAACUAUGAAGAAAUAGGUAACUUCACCAACAACUCGUCAUGUGUGAACACGACUCAGUACUCACCCAGCUUCAUCGACCUGGCGACGUUUAUGCACAUAUUCCCGUCCAUAUACGGCAUCCUGUGUACUAUAGGAGUGAUCGCCAACGGUUUGGUGAUUUACGCAGUGGCGACAUGCAAGAAGAAGAUGGUCUCGGACAUCUACGUGCUGAACUUGGCCGUUGCAGAUAUGCUCUUCUUGCUGGUGAUGCCUUUCAACAUUCACCAGCUGGUCCGGGACAGACAGUGGGUGUUCGGGAACUUCAUGUGCAAAGCUGUCGUGGUGGUGGAUGUUAGCAACCAGUUCACUACGGUGGGGAUUGUAACCGUGCUGUGUAUCGACAGAUACAUUGCCAUCGUCCACCCCACCUCAGAGAAGCGGACCAUCCAGUGGACCAUCAUCAUCAACAUCCUGGUGUGGGUCGGCAGCUUCCUGCUGACCGUGCCCGUCAUGAUCUACGCCAUGGUGGUGAGGAAGAGCGACCUGGAGAUAUGCAUGAUGUUUCUGGACGGGCCUGAGGACAUGUACUGGUACACUCUCUACCAGUCCAUCCUGGGCUUCAUCUUCCCUCUCAUCAUCAUCUCCACCUUCUACUCCCUCACCCUCUACCACGUCUUCAGAUCCAUCCGCCGAGUCAAGCGUAAACAGACUGUCUGGGCGAAGCGCGCCACCAAGACCGUGGUGAUGGUCAUUGCGCUCUUCCUGGUGUGCUGGAGCCCGUAUCACGUGAUCCAGGUGAUUAACUUGAGCAACAACAGGCCAACCAACACCUUCGUCUAUGUCUACAACAUCAGUAUCUGUCUGAGUUAUUCCCACAGCUGCAUCAACCCUCUGAUGCUGCUCAUCUUCGCUCAGAACUACCGCGAGCGUCUCUGUCACAGGAAGGAGUUGAGGAGCUCGCAGCAGAACUCCUCCAAGACCACUGUGGUCAAGACAGACGGCGCCAGCGUGUCCACCGACCCAAACUACCGCAGCACAGCCAUGUAA